AUGGCGUCUACCGAGGAACCCGUGCUUCCACCCUCGGAUGUCGAUGUUGAGAAUGCGCCUCCAGCUACCCCCGUAGACUCGGUCCUGCUCUCCGGAGGCGAAGAGACCACCAAGUCUAGCCCCGAGGCAUCUAAAGAGAACGUUCCAGCAUCUCCCGCAAAGACUGCCACCGGUGCACCAGCAGCUUCGAAGCGUCCAGUCGCAGGCACUACAACUACCAAGCGGCCGACUACCGCCUCGAGCGCGUCAAAGCCUGGGGUUUCGUCGACUACUCGAACCAGCACGCUGAGCAAGCCUCCUACCCGGCCUACGACUACUACUACGGCCACCCGGAAGCCUCUGAGCACCUCGACCACUUCAUCCCAUCGUUCUCGUGCGUCGAUUAGCAGCUCUGCGGAUGAGAAGCCUCGGUCAAUCGCAAGCUCGGGGGAUGAGAAGCGCGGCAUCUCGACCACUGCCAAGCGCAUGUCCAUGGCCGGCACUACCUCAACCCGCGCGCCAUUGAAGUCUACAUCUACUCUUGACCGCAGAUCCAGUGUCGCUGGAUCGGCUUUGGAUAGAAAACCCGCUACUUCUUCUACUGCCACAUCACGCGCUGCUCCUUCCACAAGCCGACCAGUUGGUAAACUUACCUCUGCCACUACUCCAAGCGCUCGACCAACUUCCAGUUCGGCCACUCGUCCUUCGGUAACUCGCCCGGCCACAUCGACUACUACCGCGCGCUCAACUGCCUCCUCUGCGACAGAUCCAAAGAGGCGACUGAGCACCGUUCCUGGCGCAACCUCUAGAACUGCUGCUGCAGAGUCCGAGAAGCUGCAAGCUUUGCAAGCGAAGCUUUCGGAAAGUGAGGAAGCCGUGGCCAGCCUGAAGGCCGAGCUUGAGACAACAAACGAGAAGCUGAGCCAACUCUCCCUUGCUAGUGAAGAGUCCGCCAAGGAUGGUGAUGCCACUGAGGCUGUCCGAGCAGAGCACACCGCUGAGCUGGAGAAGCUGACUUCAUCCCAUGCAGAGGAGCUUCACUCUUUGCAGACUCGCCUUGAAGAGGCGGAAGUGCAACGUAAAGAUUUGGCUGAGAAGUCUGAGAAGGAGCUUGAGGAAGCUAAGCAGUCUGCUACUUCCCAAGGCGACGAUGAUGCAGUUGCUGCUCUAGAUGAACUCAAGGAAACCCACCAAGCCCAGCUUGAGAUUCUUGAGAAAGAGCUGGCCGAGUACAAGUCUUCUGCCACUGGCUUCGAAGAACAAAUCGAGAAUUUGAAGAAGGAAUUCGAAUCUCAAAAGACGGAAUUGGCCGAAGAUAAAGCUGUAGCCGUGGACAGUUUGAUGCGAGAAUUGAAGGGUCGCGAUCAAGUCCUUGAUACCGUGAAGGCAGAGCUCAACAAGAUUGGCGUUGCCAAGGAUGAAGAGAUUCAGGCGGAGAAGGAUGCUGCAGCGGAGUCUGCUGCGGCUCUUCAAGAGCAGAUUGCUUCUCUGGAAGCAAAGAUCGCUGAUUCUGAGUCUGCUACCAACCAAUCAUCAGAGGAAACCACUGCAGCUCUCGCUCUGAAGGAGCAGGAGGUUGCUGAUCUCAAGAACGACCUUGAAAAGCUUCAAGAAGACCUGAAGAAUGCACAGACUUCAUCCGGAGAUGAACUAAGCACCAAGAUCAAGGAAUUAGAGACCUCCCACGAAGCCGCAAUUGCCAAUCUGAAGGCUAAGCAUGAUCUGGCUUUGAGCUCUCUGACGGCAUCCCAUGCCGAGGAGCUCUCUGUCGCUACAGCCGCUGCAGAGUCCACCGGCACUGAGCAUUCCCAGCAGUUGCAAGAGCUUCGUGAUGCACUUGAGGCUGCCAAGACGGCUUCCCAAGGCGAGAACGAAAACGCUAUGUCAGAACUUAAGACUGCCCAUGAGCUUGAGAUUAAGUCUCUGCAAGCAAAGCUUGAGGAUUCGGAGAAGGCUCUUGCUGAAUCUCGUCACGCUUUAGAAGAAGGACAUGCUUCUGCACAGGAAUCCGCUCUUCAAGAAAUUGAAGCUCUUCGCGAGAAGGUUGGAGCUCUCGAGACUCAGGUCUCUAAUGGCGCAGGCAAAAUCAAUGAUCUUCACCAGGAGGUUCAAAGCAAGCAGACUGAAGCCGAGGAGCUUUACCGUAGCCUGAAGAACCUUGAAGGAGAGUCCAAAUCUAAGGAUGUUGAGAAGGACAGCAAGCUGAAAUCCCUGCAAGAUCAGGCUGCCGAGGCUACUCGUCUUCUCAAGGAGCAUACCUCCAAGAGCGCCGGAAUCACAGAGCAGCAUGCUAAGGAGCUCGAGGGUCUCAAGGUCGAGCACGCCGCUGAGUUAGAACGGGUUACAAAGGAAGUUUACGGCUCCCACUCUGAUGAGCUUGAGGGUCUUAAGGCUAAGCACGCCGCUGAGCUAGAACGGGUUACAAAGGAAGCCGCCGGUUCCCACUCUGAUGAUCUGGAUCAGCUUCAACAGAAGCACGAUGAGCUCUUUACUAAGAACCGAGAGCUGGAAACAAACCACACCUCCCACACAUCCCGAAUUGAGACACUCGAGGCGGAAUUAAAAUCAAUUGCAGAGCGUCACCUUGGCGAUAUUGCAACUCACACCGAAUCUCAUGAGUCUCAGAUUGUCGAACUGCAGAAGCAGCUCCAGGAAUCCCAGUUCAAGUCCCAAGGUGAGCUUGAGUCUUUGCAGGCCUCUGCUACCGCCCACAGCGAAUCACACGCGAAGGAAAUUGCAGAGCUCCAGCAAGGCUUUGAAGAGACCGCGGCAAAGCUACAGGCUGAAAUUGAGGCUGCCAAGAAUUCAAGGGCUUCCGACGCUGAUGCUGAGCACGGCCGGGCUAUUGAGGAACUCCUUACAGUUCAGGAAGCUAAACUGGCAAACUUAAAAGAUGAGCUUGAGAAGUCUAGCCAGGCUAAGCUGGAUGGUCUGCAGAAAGCUCACGAUGCUGCAUUGGCUAAUGCCAACGAGCAACUUUCUCAGGCCAAGGCUGCUGCACAGGAUACCUCUGUUCUUGAUGGUUUGAAAUCCACAGUGGCACAGCUUGAGCAGAAGCUCUCUGAAACAGAGAAGUCUCACAUCACUUUCCAAGAAACUGCCGCCAACGCUUCUCGCGACAUCCAAGAGCGACACACCGCUGAGAUCACUAAGAUCCAAACUCAGCACUCUGAGCUCGCUUCCAAGCACGACGCCGCCCUUGCUCAAGUCGGCGACUUGCAAAAGUCUCUCGCCACCUCCAGCAGCAAGAGCUCUGAACUUGAGUCUAUCCUGAAGCAGCUUUCUCAAUCCCAGGAGGAGGUCACAUCCUUAAAGGCCAAGCACACUGCAACCAGCCAAGAACUAGAGGAGAGUCGGGCUCUGAACAAAACCAUCGAAGAACAACUUGCAGCCGGUGAACAGAACAUGUCCGCCCAGAUCGACAAGAACAUGGCUCUAAUCGAGAAACUCGGUGACAUUGACUCCGUCAUGUCCGCCAGCCGACGAAGGAUCCGCGAGCUCGAGGCAGAGCUAGUUAGCUUGAAGGAAGAAAGUGGCAAGGGUCCAUCAGCGGGCUUGGGAGCAAGCCGAUGGGCAGCGGAUGAGGACAACGAAAACGCUGAAGAUGGAGGUCCAGCCGCAGAAGGUGAGGACCUUGGUUCAUCCAUCGAGGGAACGGUGGGAGAUCCCCGUUUAAAAUCUUCCUACUCCUCAGAUUUGCCCGUUUUCCAUCCAUUUACAUGA